AUGGGUCCACGAGCAAAGGUAACGGUGGGCGAGACACCACCAGAAGAGGGCACACUAGCUAGUAGAGCUGAUCCCUGGGACAUCCAGCAGGAGACGCUGCAGUGCUGCCUCUUGCCUUCUGCUAAGUCCCAGGCAAAGAUACCACUGGAAACGGUGAAGUCCUGGGCAGAUGCCUUUGGUGGGGAGAUAUAUUCCAUCAUGACAAAGUAUUCAGGCUCGCUCCUUUUACAGAAGAAGUACAAAGAUGUGGAGCCGAUUCUGAAGAUCAAGGAGGUGAAUGGCUUGGAGCUGGUGAAGAAGUUCUCAGAAGAGAUGGAGAGCAUGCUGCGCAGAAAAGUAGAAGCUGUUGAGAGGCUGGUGGAAGCAGCGGAAGACGCAGAUCUGAAACAUGAAUUCAACUCCUCUCUGGUGUUUGAUUACUACAACUCUCUCCUGAUUAAUGAAAAGGAUGAGAAUGAUAAUUAUGUGGAGCUUGGAGACGAAUUCAUUCUUGAGCCAAAUGAGCAUUUCAAUAAUCUGCUGGUGAACACAACGUACAGUGAUGUGCAGCUCCCAACCAAUGUCUACAACAAAGACCCUGACAUAUUGAAUGGAGUUUACAUGUCAGAAGCCUUGAAUCCUAUUUUUGUGGACAAUUUCCAAAGAGACCCAACCUUGACCUGGCAGUACUUUGGCAGCUCCACAGGAUUCUUCAGACUUUACCCAGGGAUAAAGUGGAUGCCAGAUGAGAAUGGAGUCAUCUCCUUCGACUGCAGGAAUCGAGGCUGGUACAUCCAGGCAGCCACUUCACCCAAGGACAUUAUAAUCGUGGUGGACAUCAGUGGGAGCAUGAAGGGUCUGCUGAUGACCAUUGCCAAACACACCAUCAUCACCAUUUUGGACACUUUGGGGGAAAAUGAUUUCGUCAAUAUUAUUGCAUACAACGAUUAUGUUCAUUAUGUUGAACCCUGUUUCAAGGGCAUCCUGGUCCAAGCAGACAGAGAUAACAGAGAACACUUUAAGCAGUUGGUGGAUGAGCUGCAGGCAAAAGGAGUGGGGACCGUCAAUAAAGCUGUGCUGGAAUCCUUCAAAAUCCUGAGGGAGUUCAGAGAGGCUGGGCAAGGAGGCCUGUGUAACCAAGCCAUCAUGCUGAUCACAGACGGAGCUGUGGAGGAUUAUGAAUCUGUGUUUGAAAAGUACAACUGGCCUGAUCGUAAGGUCCGAGUUUUCACUUAUCUCAUUGGAAGGGAAGUCACGUUUGCACAAAAUGUGAAAUGGAUAGCUUGCAACAACAAAGGCUACUACACUCAGAUCUCCACCCUGGCAGAUGUUCAGGAGAACGUGAUGGAAUACCUGCAUGUGCUCAGCCGUCCAAUGGUCAUCAACCAUGAUCAUGACAUCAUAUGGACUGAAGCCUACAUGGACAGUGCGCUCUUUGCAUCUCAAGCUCAAAGCUGCUGUCAUGCAACAGUAGCUAUGCGGUCUUCAGCAAAAAAGAAGAUAACGUAAAGAUCUCAUGGCAUUCUCCUCGGUGUAGUGGGCUCUGAUGUCCCACUCAGGGAGCUACUGAAACUGGCUCCACGGUACAAGUUGGGAGUCCAUGGAUAUGCCUUUCUGAACACUAACAACGGUUACAUCCUCUCACACCCAGAUCUCCGACCUUUGUACAGAGAGGGAAAGAAGCUGAAGCCCAAACCAAACUACAACAGUGUGGAUCUCUCUGAAGUGGAGUGGGAAGACCAAGAUGAAAUACUGAGAACAGCAAUGAUCAAUGGAGAAACGGGUUACCUUGCUAUGGACGUGAAGGUCCCUGUGGAUAAAGGGGUAAGAAUUCUCUUUCUCACUAACGAUUAUUUCUUCACUGACAUCAGUGGCACGCCUUUCAGCCUGGGUGUCGUCCUCUCCCGUGGGCAUGGGGAAUACAUCCUGCUGGGGAACACUUCUGUGGAAGAAGGCUUGCACGACCUGCUGCAGCCAGACUUGACCUUAGCUAAUGAAUGGAUUUACUGCAUCACCGAUAUUGAUCCAGAUCACCGGAAGCUCAGCCAGCUGGAGGCCAUGAUCCGCUUCCUCACAGGAGAGGAACCCGAUCUGGAAUGUGAUGAGGACUUGGUCCAGGAGGUUCUGUUUGAUGCAGUGGUAACUGCGCCAAUGGAGGCCUACUGGACAGCCUUGGCCCUCAACAUGUCUGAUGAGACUGAGCAGGGGGUCGAGAUGGCAUUUCUGGGCACUCGAGCCGGCCUCAUGAGGAGCCUCCUGUAUGUGGGAUCUGAGAAACUCUCAAACAGGCAAUUCCUGACCUUGGGGGAAAAGGAGAGUAUCUUCACCAUGGAUCACUUCCCUCUAUGGUAUCGCCGAGCAGCAGAGCAUCCUCCAGGGAGCUUCAUCUACAGCAUCACCUCAGAAGAGGGUUCAGAGGGAGGUGGCAAACCAGAGGUGGUGACAGUGAGCACAUCUGUUGCUGUGACUGUGGAUGGGAAGACGGCUAUUGCUGCAGCUGUGGGCGUGCAAAUUAAGCUGGAAUUACUCCAACGCAAGUUUUGGAUGGCUACGCAGCAGUGCAGUGGCGUGGAUGGCGCGUGUCCGCUGAGCUGUCAGGAUGAUAAUCUGAACUGCUUCCUCAUUGAUAAUAAUGGGUUUAUAUUCAUUUCCAAGGGACCUACAGAGGCUGGAAAAUUUUUUGGUGAAGUGGACGGCUCAGUAAUGAACCAACUCCUAAACAUGGGAAUGUUCAGGCAGGUGACGAUGUACGACUAUCAGGCCAUGUGCAAAAUGCCCUACCAUCAUCACAGUGGAGCCCAGCCCCUGCUCAGUCCCAUUUAUACCUUUCUUGCUGCAGCGAAGUGGCUGAUAAGUGAUUUCCUCACAUUUCUUUUGGAGUUCAAUAUUUGUGGCUUCUGGCACUCAGACAGCUUGGCAGAUGCCAAGUCUGUCUUCCAUCAUUCUCACAAGCAUAAGAAACACGAUAUGCUGCAGCCAUGUGACACAGAAUACCCGGUCUUCGUGUACGAGAACACCAUCAGAGAGACCAACGGGCUGAUAGAGUGCGGAGACUGCCAAAAGAUGUUUGUAGCACAGCAGAUUGCCAACAGUAACCUCCUGCUCCUGGUUACAGAUGCUGCCUGUGACUGCAGCAUCUUCCCACCUGUCCUCCUGGAAGCAAAAGAAGUCAAAUAUAAUGCUUCGGUGAAGUGCGACAGGAUGCGCUCCCAGAAACUGAGACGGCGGCCAGAUACCUGCCACGCAUUCCACCCGGAGGAGAAUGCUCAGGACUGCGGUGGAGCUGCUGAGAUCUCAGCCUCGCUGACAUUACUCCUCCUAGCACUAGUGACCUUUGCUCUCCUCCUGCGAUGACAGAGUCUACCACGAUCCUUAGAGUUUGCAGAAAUGGUGGAUAAUACAAGGGAGUCCACUACUUCCCGGGGACAUUCUUAGAGUCAGAGAGUUGGAGCUGUAGGAGGGGAGGAGCCCACGAUGUAGGCACUAUGACUCCCUGUGGACUUGUGGGGACAAGGCAUUAGAUAUCCCUCACAUAUUGGCCUGUCUCUCGGACAAAAGGCUUAUAGUUCAGUUUUGUGUUUACAAAGAAGCUGUUUCUUCCGGAAGAACUUGCAGCUUGAGUCCUGGCCACCACGGCUAUGAAUCAAAUGGGAUUAACUGUCUAUGCAAUAAAUACUGGAUUGGAUAUUCCCAGCUCUGGGGACAUUACCUGACAGAUCAGCUGCGCUCAUGAGGGAAUGUGAAGGCUCCAGGAAUAUCUGAUGCCAUCUUCCUGUGACUAGUUCUGCUCCCAUCCAUGCUAGUGAUGGAGUCCAUGCAGAUGCAGUGGGGAUUUCAUUAGUGCUAUCCACUACAUAGCAGAGCUCUCCAUAUAAUCUGCCUUGCUGUGCCACACCAGGUUGGUUUACUGCGUAGGAUGGUUUGAACUGGGCACACAUUGCCCUUCAGGAACUGCUAGGGUUUAGCUAUGAAAUUUUAUUUACUGAACAUGUUGCUCACCGGGCUCAAGGAUUUUCAGCACCUUGGAUUCCUAGUGGUUACGGGGCACAGGGGGAAGCCAGUGAU